AUGUCUCUCAAACGAAAACAAGUGGGUGCAAUGGCCAAAGACGAUGCGAAGAAGCCCAAGAAAAAUGGCGACCUAACAUCGUUCUUUGGAGCCCCAAAACCUACUCCAGUCAACACUCAGACCGAACCGGCCGUUAACUUCGACAAAGACAAAUGGGUGGCUAGUUUGACUUCGGAACAGAAGACACUCCUAAAGCUCGAGAUUGAUACCAUGCAUCCAAGUUGGCUGCGUGUGCUCAAGGAAGACCUGAUUUCUCGUGACUUUCUGGACUUGAAACGAUUCCUCGACAAAGAGGUCAGCACACAGACAAUCUACCCACCAAUGGCAGAAGUAUACAGCUGGUCUCGCCAUUGUCCUUUGGACAAAGUUCGUGUGGUCAUCCUCGGCCAGGACCCUUACCACGGCCCAAACCAGGCACACGGUCUUUGCUUCUCCGUCCUCCCACCAACACCAGCCCCUCCCUCUUUGGCCAACAUCUACAAAGCCAUUGCCGUCGACUACCCUUCAUUUAAACCACCACCCAAGAAAUCGGGGCUUCUGACACCAUGGGCCGACCAAGGUGUCCUCCUACUCAACACCUGUCUGACGGUUCGCGCGAGACAAGCGAACUCGCAUCAGAACCAUGGAUGGGAGAAAUUCACACAAAAGGUGAUCGACACGGUGGUCAAAGUCCGCACCAAUGGAGUCGUUUUCUUAGCGUGGGGCAGUCCCGCGCAAAAGAGAUGCGACAAGAUCACUGGCGCCAAACACUUGGUGCUGAAGAGCGUACACCCGAGUCCAUUGAGCGCCUACAAAGGUGAGGGGUUCUUCAAUUGCAACCACUUCCGCAAGGCCAAUGACUGGCUGGAGGCUCGCUAUGGAAAGGAGGGUGUGAUCAACUGGGAUCUGGCAGAUGGCACUGGCCGAUCAGAUACAGUGAACCCCCCAGCGGCUGUGGUCGUGGGUUCGGACACUUCCGCAGCCAGGCAGAAAUCGGCCUCAAGCCAGCCUGAAACAGAAACCGUCUUGUCCCAUGAAGAAGUGCCCAAGAAGACGGAGAAGGAUGAGUGGAUUAGCGGUGAUGAUGACGCUGACGCCAUUGAGGCAUUGGAAGAACUGGCCAAGCUGGAUGCCGAUCAGAAAGUCACAGUCUGA